CUAGGCUUUUGCAUUAAGCAACAUAUUGCCUUUACUUUUUUAAUAGGCUCUUUGCGACAGUUAAGCGCCUGGACAUAUUUUAAUAGCAAAUCUCGCUUUGAAUCUUUGUUUAAAAUUUUCAUCAGGCAUUUAAAUAGAAGUUAGAUUACUGUUGUAGCUUUAUUAAAUAGUAACUAAAUAUGUCUGACAUUAAAACGCUUAUUAAAAAGCGAGCUGCGCUUAAGGCUAAGCUUACGCAGUUCACAAAUUAUUUAAAUGUAGUCAAGUCUUGCGAAAAGUUAAGUGAGACUCAGCUCAUUGAACUUGAACAACGGUUAAUUGCGUUCGAAAAUUCAUAUGAGAAAUAUGACACGUUACAGAUCAGCCUGGAAGAAGCAGUGGAGGAACCCAGUGAGCAAUAUGCGGAACGCGAGGAAUUCGAGAACUUGUACUACGCGCUGCUUGCUUCUGCGCGUCAGCUGGUCGGCAACGCUCGCCGGGAGUUGUCGGCGGAUUCCGCGUCUGAGGUUGUAUCUGGUACUUCUCACACACACAAACACACAUCAGUUCGUCUACCCAAAAUUGAUUUACCUAAGUUUUCUGGCAGCUAUCAUGACUGGCUAGAAUUUAGGGACACAUUUAUUUCCAUCAUACAUAAUAAUGAGAGCAUAGACAAAAUAAACAAACUGCAUUAUCUUCGUGCUUCUUUAAAAGGCAGUGCCUCUCUCAUUAUUGACAAUUUAGACUUUAGGUCAGAUAAUUAUGACGCCGCUUGGAAGUUGCUCUGCUCAAGGUAUGACAAUAAGAGACUGCUUGUUAAUAAUCAUGUUCAAGCCAUUUUUAAUGUAAACAGCAUCAGCAGAGAAUCAAGUAAGGCAUUACGUCAUUUAGUUGAUACAGUUAACAAAAAUUUAAGAGCUUUGUCCACUCUUGGUCAGCCUGUACAGUAUUGGGACACUCUUAUUAUCUACAUCAUGACCAGUAGGCUUGAUCAGGUGACGAAUCGUGAAUGGGAAGAGCACAGGAAUUCGUUGUCUGACCCUCCAACGUUAGACAUUUUCAUUAAUUUCAUCAGCAAUAGAGCUGACUUAUUGGAGACACUAGAAGAGUCUAGACCUUUAAAAUCUAGGUCUGAAGGCACUGCUGACAGUUAUCAUAGGUCAAAAUCUUUUGCAUUAACAUGCGAUUCUUCAAACUUAAAACUAUUAUCUUGUCCCAUGUGUAAGGAAAAGCACUUCAUUUUUCAGUGCGACCAAUUUAGAGCUUUACCUGUUCAGGAUAGGAUCAAGAAAGCUCACGCUUCAAAAGUUUGUCUCAAUUGUCUUCGACCAGGUCAUCACGCACAAACAUGCAGGUUAAGUCAUUGUAAAUAUUGUCCUGAAAAACAUAAUACUUUGCUGCACACUGAUAAAGAAUCUCCUCGCACACAAAACAUAGUUCUUUCUGCGAAUCACCUAAAUACUGCAAAGGUUGUAUUACUGUCCACAGCGGUCGUGAAGGUGUCCGACGCUGAAGGCAACCUCCAUGAUGCCAGACUGUUGUUGGACAACGGAAGCACUGCGAACUUCGUAACUGAAGACUUCUGCCGCAAGCUACGUAUCCACUCUUAUCCCAUUACAUCUAAUGUAAAAGGCAUAAAUGACCAGUCUUCGAUAUGCUCACGUGGCUGUAUAAUUUUAAUUAAGGCAGGCCAUAGUGAGUUUGAGAUAGAGUUGGAUUGCUAUGUCAUAUCACAAGUUUCUUCUUCUGUACCUAAUACUUUUAUUCAUACAGAUAACAUUUGUUUACCUAGCAAUAUAGUUCUUGCCGACCCUAACUUUUAUACUCCGUCUUCCAUCGACAUCCUUGUCGGAGCGGAAGUAUUUUGGGGUAUCAUAGGCAUGAAUCGCAUUCCGCUAGGGAAAAACAUGCCUACCUUAGUAGACUCAAAAUUAGGCUGGAUAGUAACAGGCGUUGUACAGCAGCCUAAUCAUUCAUUUCCUCACACUGCUUUUCUUACUCUUACAGACGAUUUACGGCUGGGUUUGAAUCGUUUUUGGGAGCUGGAUUCAGUACAUCCACAACACAAACAGACAUGCGAGGAGCGAUCCUGCGAAGACAUUUUCGUAGAGACCACCUAUCGCGAUGCGGAUGGACGGUUUGUUGUUACAAUUCCUCUUAAAGAAUCGCCUGACGUGUUAGGUGACUCAUAUUCAAUGGCCAAGCGUCGCUUUCUUUCACUUGAACGUCGUCUGGCCAAAGACGCUUACUUAAAACAACUUUAUGUCAGCUUCAUGACCGAGUAUAUAGAGUUAGGCCAUAUGUCUGAAUAUAACAGUCACCUUAACACUACGUCUUCUUACUCUAAUUACUUGCCUCAUCAUGGAGUAUUGAACGAGUCAAAGUCUACAACCAAGCUUAGAGUUGUCUUUGAUGCUUCAGCUCGUACUACAUCAGGUAAGUCUUUUAAUGACAUUCAAAUGGUUGGGUCUACUCUUCAAGAUGACCUUCUAUCCAUAUUGCUGAGGUUUCGCCAACAUAUGAUAGUCGUAAGAGCAGACAUCGAGAAGAUGUAUAGAGUUACUAUCGUAAACGACAUUCAUAAACCUCUACAAAAGAUAUUAUGGAGAGCAGAACCGACACAUCCCUUAAAAACCUACACUCUAAAUACAGUGACGUAUGGCACUGCUUCUGCCCCAUUCCUAGCAACUAGAUGUCUCAUGCAGCUUGCUCGAGAGUGUGAUGAUCCAUCAACGCGCUCUACCAUAGAGCAUGACUUCUAUGUUGACGAUUACCUUUCUGGAAACUCAUCUAUUAAGGAAACGAUAGACAAGUGUCGACAUGUUAUUGAAGUCCUUAAGUCUGGUAAGUAUAACUUACGUAAAUGGCAAUCCAAUUCACCUGAUGUACUAAAGGCCAUCUGUGAGGAUAGAGUCGGUUCAGAUUUCGUCACUCUUAGUGAAAAUGAAACGUCGAAGACUCUAGGUCUACACUGGAGGUGCUCUACGGACACAUUUUCUUUUUCUAUUAGCGUCACUCCCAGUAAUAGUACUACGAAACGUCAGAUUUUGUCCACAAUUUCCCAAAUAUUUGACCCGAUCGGCUUAGUUGUUCCCUGCAUAGUAGAGGCUAAGAUUCUAAUGCAGAAUUUGUGGCUUACAGGUUGCUCUUGGGAUGAACCCGUUCCUGAAGAGAUUCAGCAUGUUUGGAGUGACUUCCUACACACCCUUCCUCGUCUGAAUGAACUGAACAUACCCCGCUGGGUCACUUGGCGCAUCACUCGGGUGCUUCCUGGCAGAGACGGCAUAGCAAGGGUCGCCGACAUCCAUACACGAAAGGGUGUCAUACGGCGCGCCUUUAACACCAUCUGCCCUCUACCUGUCGCUGUUGAAGACUCUUCAACGGGGGGAGGAUGUUGAGUCACAUACUCAAUACCAUCGCGCCGGGUGGAGCCACCGGCGACUGCACGAGCGACGAGUGCCGGCUGCCCCGCGCGCCCUUCACAUCAGUCACCUGUUGCACCGCUUCGAGCACGGCUGCGCUUACGCACUUCUUAUUUUCCGUCGCGUUAAUAUUGUAACAUAUUGUAACAGUCCCUUAUUUUAUUAUACCAUUUUAUACAGUCCACCAAGUUUAAUUUACCAUCCGAAUCAUCAUCUAAUACAACACAUCACUGAGCUAUCGUCGCGAUCAAAUAUAAA